CAAAGGAAUCUCAAAAUUUCAGUAUUGUCACUGCCAGGAGGGAAAUCGGGGCGAAAAUGAUCCGACCGAAGCAGACCUGCAGCAGUUGCGAGGGAAAUUGAAUUCUUUGAAAUCCCAAAAAUUCUCCCACUUACGCAUCUUCAAUCCCGCUCUUCAGUUCUCAACCCCAUCCAACCCAUUCUGUUUCUAGGGUUUCAAACUGUAACAUGGCUCUAUGAUUUUCUACGUCUUCGAUCGAAAUCGAAGUUAGUGUUGCAAGAAGUGAAAUGAGACCUAAGUAAAUCUCAUUUCGUCACUUUUCUAAUCGGUCAUUGUAAUCUAUCUUUGUGUAGUCUGUAAUUGGCAUCUUGCAUAGAGAAGGGAGGGGGCCAGGUGGAGGUUUGAGGCCGUGGAGAUAUUUAUUUACUUAUUGAGAAAUACUGGAGAAUGAUGGUUGCUCCUGCUCGGCCGUUGGGUUCUCUUGGUUUUGGCACCGGUGAUGGAGGUGGUUCUAAUGUUACCACGACCACCUUGAAAAGGAAAACUCCAUCCGAGCUACGGGGUGAGCAGCUGAAGCGAAAGACUAUUGAGGAACACAUAGAUGAAUCUCCAGAUUCAGUUAUCGACUGUGCUAGGAAAACUGAUUGGGUCAUUCCUGGAUCCAAGAAAGCAAAUCUACCAAAAAAUCCAAGAUAUAUUAACACGAAGAUGAACGAGUUAUACCCUGUUAAGAAGAACAACAUUAAGCUGAGGUCGAUCUCCAGAAAAGAUGAUACAAAGGAAUUUUCCCCACCAAAGAACAGUGAUCAUGGCAGUUCAGCUGGUUAUUCAAAAUUGCGCGCUGAGAGCCAAUUGCCUAUUCCCAAGGCUAAAACUACCCAAACAUAUACAAAGAGUGACAAGUGUACUGAAAGUACAUUUCUCAAUGUCACAGAACUUUCAUUAGGAAAUGAAAAGCUAUCUGGCCUGCCUAAUCUGGACAUGGAUAAAGCCUUAAAAGGAUUUGCUGCCCAUGAGCCACUUAUUGUAUCAAAUCCAUGUUCGGAGUCCUCGAAAACCAUAGACGGCCAUGCAGCAAAAAACUUCUGCUCUGAGUUUCAUGUUCAUUGCAAGAAGACCCCUUUAGAUUUGACACUCAAAACUACUAUGCGACUUGUGGCCUCGAGUUCCGUCAGUUGGUUUCAUAGGUUGGUAACUAGUGGAUCGUUCAACAGUUUGUCACAGUACGCCCCAUCUGGUUGUUUAAGUCCGAAUAUGUCAGCUUCAGAACUGAACUCCAAUACUCGGUCUUCGAACUCUUUGGUGUUACAUUCAUGGGUGUAUCCACAAUUUCCAUUGCCUCCUUCUGUUAUAUCUGCUUUAACAUUAUCUACAUCCCAGGAAGGUCAAAUUGACUUCUUGAGCAAACGACAACAAGCAUGGGAGGAUUCAUUCAGAAGUCUGUAUUAUACUCUUCGCAAGAACAAGUGUGACAUUUUCUAUGUGUGCUUUGCACAGUUUGUUGUCAUGUUUAUUGGUAGCGGUAGUUUGAAAGAAAAUAAACGUGUCUGCAAUGCUUAUAUAUCUCAGUCAACAAGGGUUUUGAGGGCACAUCUCAAAAAACAUGAUGCCUGUUUUUCUAUGCCCCUUUGUGAUGCUAAAGUAGAGGAAGUUAGUAUGGAAGAUUUAUUUGAGCUUUCUGAGAUUGAGAAGCAGAAUCUUGGCAAGACUACUCACCCAGAUGCCUUAGCACAUGUGGAUAACAGCCCUCAGUCUCUAUUGGCGUUUUCCGGAAACGAGAAUGUCCAUGCAUUGUAUGAUUUUCUGUUAAACUAUAGAUAUUUCUUAACUUCUUUGACUGGAAUGGAUGUCCCCUUGUUGUGCUCACCUUUGCCUUUUGAGAACUCAGCUCUGUCUGCCCCUGAGGUAAGAUGUAAGGAAGUAAGGAGGGUUGAUCACAUGUCAAUCCCCCCAUCUAAGAAUUCUGCUAGAGCCGGAGAACCUAGUCCAGGGCAUUCUCCAGGUAUUUGUUAUAGCAUGGAAGUAAAGGAUCGAUAUCUCCCACCAUGGAUAAUUAGCAGCAUUUGCUAUGCAGUUUGUUCACAUGGCACAAGUUUUGAGGCAAGUUUUGUAACUGAUCCAGUGUCGGUUGGAUUGAAUAUUGGUUCCAAGGAUGUGAUUGGUGAAAGUUCCAUCCUUGAAGGUUCUACUGAUGACAAAUCAAAAGAGAGUAUGUUUUGUUUCGGUGUUCCAAAUACAACAGUUUCGUCUCAUUUACAGUCAGCCUUCUUGAAGGGAUUGAAGUAUGACGGCACUUCUUACAAAGCAUUUCUGUCAUCUCUUUAAAAUCACCAUUUCCUAUUUGCUAUGAAAAUGAAGAAAGCAUUUUUUUGAAUUCCUUCAGUAGUGAUGAUAUUCUCUAUGGGCUAGAUUUGUAAUGCAAUAUAUGGUCAGGUGCCCGUCAGGUUUUUUUGUCAAAUUUAGGCUCAUUAUGUCAAACAGCCCAUUUUGUCAAACUAUAUUAACCCACUUUUUUGUACAGGCUUAAAUUUGUAACGCCUAAUCAGCUAAUCUGAUUUGUAAUUGUGUGAUUCAAAUGGUUUAUUUAUAAUUUAUAACACGUUUGUUAUAGCUC